AUGCUCCUCCAAGAUUGCCACGCUAGACUUCGUAAGAACCGUCAAAGGUUUGACCAAGAAAAGACCAGAUGCUGCGAGUUCAUAGGUGAGAUCGGUACGAAUCUGCUCCUGCGGAGGAUAGCUGAACAAGCCCGCGAACAGAGCAUGAUACGCGACGCAGCACUGGAGAACGAAUUUCGAAAGCUGCCCAAUCCAACGUCGCCCAGAAACGACAAACGGGUGCACAACCUGUCAUCAAAGGAGCUGACGAAGGAUCAGAUGCAGGUUUUACGGCACAAAGCUUCAUUUAACACGGCUGACGCCAAACCUGUUAACAUGAUUGCAGCAGUGGAAUCAAUCCUUAGUCAGACGGAGGCAACGGAGGAGACUAAGAGCCUCAUCCGACACCAAGUGUCGUCUCUCCUGAUGGCCCACAGGCCGCGGGAAGUGCUUUCCAAGGUCGAACGUGAUGCUCUUAGAGAACUCAAGGCCGACAAAGACCUGGUCAUCGUGCCAGCGGACAAAGAACGCAUCACAGUUGUACUGGACAGGACAGGCUGCCUUAAAAAAGCCAAAGGUUUACUGGAGGACCGACAGUUCUAUGUCGGACUGAUGUCUCUUCCAGAACGAGAUAUACGUCAGCGACGAAGGAAGCUGGCGUGGUCAUUUCCGGCUUGUUAG